AAGAAAUUAAUAAGAUAAUUCGUGAAAAUACUAAAGAAAAGGGAUAUAUUGUAUUUAAUCAUGAUUCUGCAACAAAUAUUCUUCCCAAUACUAAAUUAAAAAUUCUAUUAAUAGCUGAUUUUGAAAUACGUGUUCAAAGAAGAAUAAAUCAAUUAAAAAGAGAUAAUUAUAAUGAUAUUUGUUUAGAUAUAAUUAAACAAGAUACAUUAUCAAUUGAAUUUAUUAAAAAAAUUAUAAAACUUUCAAUAAUUUUUGUUAUUGAUACAAUAUAUCUUUCUAUAGAAGAAGUUGUUGAUAAAAUUUUAUUAAAAACUUCAAAUGUAAUUACUAAUUUAAAAUUAAGUGAAGAAAAUUAUACUGAAAAAUCUUUAAAAUUG